UCCCAAUUCCGAACUCACGCACUCACUGCAAGUCUCCGACAAAUUCAACCGCCAGCGAGCCCUCUCUGACGGCUGCUGCUGCUCAGCUCCAACCCAAAACCAUGCUGACAACGCCGUCGCAACACGGCAUCAAACUCGCCGUCAAUCUCAUCUCCGCCUAUUUCGGUGAUAUCGUCGCUAAAGUUUGUGAAUGUCUUCUUCGAAAAGGAACCCUACCGCUAGCACAGAUUAUACACUUCACUGAGCUUAGUAAACAGAAUGCGGUUAAUUCGCUACUUGUUCUUAUUCAGCAUAAUUGUGUUCAGGCCUUCGCUACUCAGUCUGAAGGCAGGUUUGGAGCUGCUCCGAGGAUUUCAACUCAGUAUAUGGCACUAUUUGAUAAUAUCAUUCAUCAUAUGAGGUUUCCAAAAUUUAUUGCAAUAGUUAAUGAGGAAUUGGGUAAAGAGUGUGAAGAGAUUUUUGUAUGGUUGCUUCAAGAUGGCAGACUUUCGGUGAAUGAUAUCGUAGAAAGGCAGAAAGAGCCAUCAAGAAAUUCUACAGCUUCAGAUGCCUUGCAUGAGUGUUUUAGAAAACUUGUGAAUGCCCAGUAUGUGGAACGAUGCCCUGCUCAUGAACCAUUUCUUGCUCCACCAACUGAGGAGGAAACUGCUGCAAAGAAAAGAGCUGCUAAAUUCACCAAGACAGGGGAAGAUACUAUAGAGGCACGUGCUUUGGCAGAAGCAUCUCCUAUGGAUUCAGUUAGAUUUUUACUUGAAACAGAUACAUGGACAGAUGAUCCUGAGCAAAAGAGCAAUGAUGAUUCCAGUAACUUGGCUUCUGCUGGAGAGAAGCGGAAACUGGAUGCUUUGGAGUCUGAUACUAAAUUAUGGGCUACAAAUCAGAAGAAAGAAGUUUUAUGGCGGGUAAAUUUUGAAGAAUUUGUACGCCGCCUUAGGCAUAAGAGCUGCAUUGAAAAUGUCCGAGCUCGGCUUGAUUCUGGAGCGGCAACUGUUUUGGGGGCAGUUCUAGAGGCAACUAGAAGAACUGAAACUAAAGUAAAAGUGGAAAUUUCAGUUCCUCUGUCUAUUGAUGACAUUAUGCAAGAAGUGAUAAAGAGCGAAGAAGGUCGUACUAUGAACUCAGAUCGAGUCAGAGCAUCCCUUGCUCAAUUGGGAUGUGAUAUGCCCAGUAUUACUGGAAUAGAUGAAACAUAUAGUAUUGAUCUAAAGAAAAUCCUUGAGUUGGCUCAAAUUAAGGAGGUGGAAUCUAUUGUGCUGAAAAGAUAUGGGAAGGAAGCUUCUAGGAUUUUCAAGUUACUUCUACAAGCAGAUCGUGUUGUUGAGACUGAAAUGAUUUCGAAGGACACAUUUGUUGAUAAAAAAGAUGCAGCCAAGAUUCUUCAUCAGAUGUGGAAAGAUGAUUACUUACAUUUGCAGGUCAUGGAAAAAGAUAAAGGAAAACAGAAGUACCUGUUGUGGGCAGUAAAGAAGCCUGAACUUUGGCAACAUAUUCUAGAUGAUAUGUACCAUGCUGCCUUAAAUUUACGACUUCGAAGUGCUUUUGAACAAGAAAAGGAUAAAGAGAUUGCUCAGUUACCAAGAGAAAAGCGUGAAGGAGAGUUGGGGAAAAGAUUUGAUAGGUGGAUGAAAAUUAGACUUGUUUUAGAAUCUUCGUUGAUGAAGCUUGAUGAUGCUAUCCUGCUUUUUAAUGACUUUUAAGUGUACUGCAACCAACUAUCUAAGAUAUAUUAGUCGGUAGCAUAAAUUGUAGGUUUCUUUUUCUGAACAAAUAAUACCUAAUAUAUUUUGUUUUAUGGUUGUAAUAUAGAAAAAAGGAGUUUAUUUGACAUGGUAAAGGAAUGGGCUCGAGGAGGGGUUUUGUUGAUU